CCGGUGGCAGGGAAUUGGGGGGAGGCGGCAACAUUGUUUCAAGUUGGACAAAUUGACAAGAGCGAGAGAUAACACUGCGUUCCAUCCGGACCUGGGGCCGCGGUGCUGGGCCCUGCUUCCGCCUCCUCCGCCCCGGGAACCGGGGCCGGCUUUCUGCAGGGUUCCCAGGUCCCCGCUCCAGGGCCGGGCUGACCCGACUCGUUAGCGCUUCAUGGAGAACUUCCAAAAAGUGGAAAAGAUCGGAGAGGGCACGUACGGAGUUGUGUACAAAGCCAAAAACAAGCUGACGGGAGAAGUGGUGGCGCUUAAAAAAAUCCGCCUGGACACUGAGACAGAGGGUGUACCCAGUACUGCCAUUCGAGAGAUCUCUUUGCUUAAGGAACUUAACCACCCUAAUAUUGUCAAGCUGCUGGAUGUCAUCCACACAGAAAACAAACUCUACCUGGUUUUCGAGUUUCUGCACCAAGAUCUCAAAAAAUUCAUGGAUGCCUCUGCCCUUACUGGCAUUCCUCUUCCCCUCAUCAAGAGCUAUCUGUUCCAGCUGCUCCAGGGCCUAGCUUUCUGCCAUUCUCAUCGGGUCCUGCACCGAGACCUCAAACCCCAGAAUUUGCUUAUCAACGCAGAGGGGGCCAUCAAGCUAGCCGACUUUGGACUAGCCAGAGCCUUUGGAGUCCCUGUUCGUACUUAUACCCAUGAGGUGGUGACCCUGUGGUACCGAGCACCUGAAAUCCUUCUGGGCUGCAAAUACUACUCCACAGCUGUGGACAUCUGGAGCCUGGGCUGCAUCUUUGCUGAGAUGCACCUAGUGUGUACCCAGCACCAUGCUAAGUGCUGUGGGGAACACAGAAGAAAUGGAAGACACAGUCUCUGCCCGCUGUGCUCCUAUCUAGAAGUGGCUGCAUCACAAGGAGGGGGGAUGACCGCAGUGUCUACCCCACAUCCCGUGACUCGCCGGGCCCUUUUUCCUGGAGAUUCUGAGAUUGACCAACUCUUCCGGAUCUUUCGGACUCUGGGGACCCCGGAUGAGGUGGUUUGGCCAGGAGUUACUUCUAUGCCUGAUUAUAAGCCAAGUUUCCCCAAGUGGGCCAGGCAAGAUUUUAGCAAAGUUGUGCCUCCCCUGGAUGAAGAUGGACGGAGCUUGUUAUCGCAAAUGCUGCACUACGACCCCAACAAACGGAUUUCGGCAAAGGCAGCUCUGACUCACCCUUUCUUCCAGGAUGUGACCAAACCAGUACCCCACCUUCGACUCUGAUGUCCUUCUCCAAGCCCCCAGUCUCACCCUCUCCUCCAGUGGGGGCCUGAUCUGGCUUGGCCCUGGGCUAUGGGUGGCCCUCUGUCUUGUCUGGCUGCCUUAACAUUCACUCACCUUCCUCUCUUAGCCAGACAACUCUGGGGAUACAGGGGGUUGGAGGGGAAAAGUGGGUAAAAUAAAAGGAAGUUUCAGUAUUAGAUGCACUUAAGUCAGCCUCUACCACCCCUCCUCUUAGUCAUUGCUAAGGAGGGCUGGUAUUAAAAAAAAAAAAAUACUGACUCCUUCCUCUCCCCCUACAUAGGAUUUGCCAUCCGAAUCUCUGAAAGCCCCACAAUUAUUAUUUUCUGUGUUUGGGAUGGCAGGCUCCAAAACUGCCGCCGCUGUGUUUGUUAGACCAACUAUAACGGGGGUAAAUUGGAAUUUUGAAAACCAAGCACAACAAAAACAUAGGGAGGGGACUGUUUUGAAGAAUUAGGUUAAAAAAUAGAUCCAACCAGUUUAUACCCUAGUUUUAGUGUUUGAUCUCACCUAACAGUCUGAGAGUCCCAAGACUCCCAGCCUCUGCAGUCCUGUUGGGGCAGCAGUAGAAAUGAUUGCACCCAGUGCCCUUGUCAGUCCCUCCUAUAGGCAAGGGGUAUCUGGGAGGCUCUGGGACAGGAACUGUGCUUCACCGCAGCCUUAUAAGGCAAGUGAAAGAUUAUUUGGAUUUUUCUCUUUUAAGAUUCUUAGUUCUUCAGGUGCCAGGGCACAUCUUCCUCUGAAGGCCACCCCCAUAGGAGUGGAAGUAAAGUUAAACAUCAUUUUGAGAAUGCUGACACUUUUUCAGGGCUGUGAUUGAGUGGGAGCGUGGAGGGGGAAAUAUUUCUUUAAAAGAAGGAUGAACAAUUAUAUUUAUAUUUCAGGUUAUAGUAGUUUUUUAGUGGGAGUGGGUGGAUUUGUUGCCAUUCGCACCUUGGGGUUUUGUAAUGCAAAUGUUUAAAAAAAGAGUAUUGUUUUUCUUUUUAUGAUUCUCUUUUCUCUUACCUUGUCCUUGAGUGUUCCUGCUAUUAAUGUUAUUUGUAAUUUAGUUUGUAAUUCAUUAAAAAAGUGUUCCUAGUUUUAUAGUG